CUCCUCCCUCCCCGCGUGCGCCCCUGGCCGAGGCUGGCCCUUUGGGCCCUUUCCGGGCCCCUCGGGGGCCCCCCGUGUCUGGGGGCCGGGUUCCCAGCCUCCUCCCGGCCCCUGGCCCGGCCCCGGCACGCCCCGUCGUCAGUAUCUCUCUCUGUCUCCUCCCAGCCCCGCCCCUGCCGCUCCCUGGCCCCUGGGGGCUCCCCGCUCCCCUCCCCUCCACACAGACUCGGGCUGGGAGGGAGGCGGCCGCGGAGGAGCCUGACCCGGGCGGAGCAGGCGGCCGGGCCGGGCCGGCCCACCCCACCCACCGUGAGUGUUGGGGGCCCAGGACGCCAGGCUCUGGGAGGAGGGAGGAGGUCCCCCGGCCUGGAGAAGGGCCCGGGUCAUGGAGGUGAGGGCUGAGCGGUAGGCCCGGGCCGAGCUCCCCCUGCCAUGCGCUGCUCCAAGUGUCUGCUCUGUGUCCUGGCCGGCCUCACCCUGCUGGCUCUCAAGGUUUACAUCGAGUGGAGCUCGGACCCGCUCCGGCCCAAGAGGCGCGGGGAGGGCCGGGGGCCGGAGACCCUGAGCCAGCCCAGCGCCCUCCCGCCGGAGCCCUCCCUUCCUGCCAACCUUUCUGCCCGCCUGAGACAGACCGGACCCCUAGCCACCGCCUUCUGGAAUCGCCAACAGAGGCAGCUGCAGGCCCUGCCCACGGGGGCCGGCUCUGCGGCAGGGGAUUGCCGGACCUGGGGGGAGGCUGCGGCGGCCGAGAUCCCAGACUUCUCCUCCUACCCCGAGGCUCACCGGCGCUUCCUCCUCUCGGCUGCCUGCCGAGAUUACCCCCGGUGGGAGUCGGGCUCCGCGGUCCCUGGCUGCCCAGACGCCGAUGCCCCCUACCUGCUGCUGGCCGUGAAGUCGUCCGCUGGCCGCUUCGGGGAGCGCCAGGCUAUUCGGGAGACUUGGGGGGCGCCGGAGGAUGGGGUCCGCCUCCUCUUCCUCUUGGGCUCUCCUCAGGGAGAGCUGGGCCCCGACCUGGGGCCCCUGGUGGAGUGGGAGAGCCGGCGGUACCGGGACCUGCUGUUGUGGGAUUUCCUGGACGUGCCCUUCAACCGCAGCCUCCUGGACGUGCUGCUCUUGCGCUGGCUGGCCCGCCACUGUCCGCAGGUGACCUUCGUCCUCCGGGCCCAGGACGACAGCUUUGUCAACCUCCGGGCUCUGCUUGGGGUGCUUCGAGGGCUGCCGCCGGCCACUGGCCGCACCCUCUACCUGGGCCACGUCUUCGACCAGGCCCUACCCAUCCGGACGCCCAAAGGGCCCUACUAUGUGCCUGAAACCUUCUACGAUGGGCCGUACCCGGCCUACGCCAGCGGGGGUGGCUACGUGUUUGCCGGGCGGCUGGUCCCCUGGCUGCUCCAGGCCGCCCGGCGGGUGGUCCCCUUCCCUAUCGACGACGUCUACACGGGCCUCUGCUUCCAAGCCCUGGGCCUGGCGCCCCAAAACCACCCGGGCUUCCUUACCAAUUGGCCCACCAGAGGCAAGCAGGAUAACCCCUGCGCCCAGCAGAGCCUGGUGCUGGUCCAGCCUCGGGACCCCCAGGAGACCAUUCGGCUUUGGAAGCUCAUGCAACCUCCCCACGCCCAUUGCUGAGGCCAGGCCAGGCCCAGGGACCCCAAUCUGCAGGUUCACCCUUGGGCUCUCCCUCCAUGGGCAGCCUGGACUACUGGGGAGGAAGGGAAGGUUUCUGGCCCAGGCUGGCCUCAUCUGCUCCCCGGCUGUAUGCAGCUUCUAUUUAAAAUAUUCCCAUCCCUUGA